AUGCCAUCCCGACGUCCACCGGAUUUUUUGAGUCCCGGCGAAACUUUUGCCCACUACGAGAAUCGUAGCCCGAGCGCCGCUGGCUCGUAUCAACCACAAGUUCCACGUCCUCCGUCACGAGAGGUUGGCGGAAGUCUGGCGUGCGAGUACCGGGCCCACCCCUACGUAGCCGUGCCCGUCGGCAACCAUCAGCCCGUGCUGGCCUGCGAAUAUCGCGCAGCCCCAUCGAUCGACGGAAGCACGCGAAUCACCUCCACCUUUUUGCCAAAGGACAAGAAAAUCCCGCUUCGAAUCCUGGUGGGCGGGGCGAUCUGCUGCCCAAUUUUGCUGGGGCUCAUUCUCUUUCUGGCCGUCUGGUUGCAACAGCUUGGGAUUCUG